AUGUAUGACCUUGUCAUCACUAACGGAGUCUGUGUUACAGCCGCGGAUGUAGCGCCCCUGGAUAUCGCCAUCCAAGGCGAGAAAAUCGCCCUUCUUGCUCCCUCGGGGUCAUUGGCAACAGAAGGCGCCCGAGUGAUAGAUGCCGAGGGCGGCUAUGUCAUGCCCGGCGGCAUCGACUGCCAUGUCCAUCUACAGGAGCCGAGCCUCUUCGGCAAAGGCACAUCAUCAGACGACUACGAGUCCGGGUCUCGAUCCGCCAUCGCAGGCGGGAAUACCACGAUCGUCACAUUCGCCCCGCUGGUGAAGAAUACGUCCGCGACUCCCUUGAGUGUGAUCCGUGACACGCGCGCCCUUGCCGACGGACAAUGUUACUCCGACUUCAGCUUCCACGUUCUGCUGGGCACAGCAAGUCAGCAGGCCCUUCAGGAGUUCCCUCAGCUCCGCGAAGAAGGAAUCAGCUCGGUCAAAAUCUACAUGACGUAUCAGGCUCUGCAGCUCAAGGACGGCGACAUUUUGUCGGUUUUGUUAGCUGCGCGAGAAAACAAAAUACUGACCAUGAUCCACGCGGAGAACGGCGAGGUGCUGGACUGGCUGACGAACCAGCUCGAAGCCGCCAAACUGUUCGCGCCAAAGUACCACUCCAACUCGAGGCCGCCGAUCUUGGAGGCAGAAGCGACCAACCGCGCCAUCGCACUCUCUUCUCUAAUCGCCGAUACUCCAAUCCUACUCGUCCAUGUUAGCGAUGUCGGCGCAACAGCACGUAUCCGGGAAGCGCAGACCCACGGCCAGCCGAUCAUGGCGGAGACGUGUCCCCAGUACCUGUUCUUAACCCGCGACGAUCUUGAUAAGCCGGGCUUUGAAGGUGCAAAGUGCGUCUGCUCUCCGCCACCACGGGAUAAAAAGGACCAAGAAGCAAUCUGGACGGGCCUCGAAAAUGGGACCUUCGCCAUUCUCAGCUCAGACCACUGCCCGUUCCGCUAUGACGACGCAGAGUCUGGCAAGAAGACGUGCAUCACGGACGAACACCCCGUCGGACAGUUCAAGUACAUCCCCAACGGCUUGCCGGGCGUGGAAACGCGCAUGUCACUGGCCAUGUCAGCUGGGAAACUUGAGCUCACAAAACUGGUUCAGGUCACGUCGACCAAUGCCGCGAAGCUCUACGGCUUAUAUCCCAGGAAAGGGGCAAUAAUCCCUGGCAUUUCGGAUGCGGAUCUAACGAUCUGGUACCCGGGGAAGUUGGACUUGACGGUGACGAAUGAGAUGCUCCAUCAUGACACCGACUACACGCCGUAUGAGGGGCAGAAGGUCAACAACUGGCCUAGAUAUACCAUCCUACGCGGUCAGGUCGUCUGGGAUCGCGAUAAUGGGGGUAUUGUUGGUCAUAAAGGGUAUGGGCAGUUCAUCAAGCGAGAUGCCGCAGUUGGUAUCUGGAAGGAGGAUGCGGAGAAGUUUGACCUUGAAGCUUUGUAA